AAGAGGCAGGAAAAGUUAUUCCCGAAGAAAAUAUGCAGCCGUCCAACCUGACGUCAGAUCUGUCUUUAAUAAAGCUUCCCCAGAGUCAAGGAGAAGCGAUUUCCAUCUCCUGUCAAUUCAGCGGCUGGAAACGGACUCCAGCAAAGGGAGUUGGAUGUUGUCUUCUUCCAAGAACUGGGUUCAAUCCAUGUCUUUCACCCUGGCUUCCAGUGAUGAGGUGGCUUCUGCCUUGGCUUCUAGUAACCAGCAGCAUUUUGCAGGUCUUUCCCCAGAAUGCCACCACCACUGUUACCACCACAUCACCACCUGUCAUCUCUUCAGCGACCGAAGUCUACACACGAACACAGUACUGUACAUGGCCAUGUGAAUGUCCAACAACAGUACCUCUGUGUCCCUCAGGGGUCAGUCUGCUCACGGAUGGAUGUGAGUGUUGUAAGAUGUGUGCCAAGCAAAUUGGAGAGAAGUGCACCGAGGCGGACGUCUGUGAUAUUCACAGGGGCUUGUACUGUGACUACAGCAGAGAUGCACCUAGGUACGAAAUAGGAGUGUGUGCACAAAUGGUCGGCGUGGGCUGUCUUCUCAAUGGAAUCAGGUACAACAACGGGCAGAGCUUCCAGCCCAGUUGCAAAUAUAACUGCACCUGCAUCAACGGGGCUGUGGGUUGUAUCCCCCUGUGUACUGACUCCAAGCCGCCCCUCGUUUGGUGCCCAAACCCGAAGCAGAUUAAGGUCAAGGGUGAAUGCUGUGAAGAGUGGGCCUGUGAUUAUUCAAAGAAAAUCAGGAAGACAUCUCCACGACAUCUCUCUUCAGCAGUUUAUGGAGGAGACAUUGAAACAUGGCAGAAGAACUGUAUCCUGCAAACAUCUUCCUGGAGCCCUUGUUCCAAGACUUGCGGAAUGGGCGUUUCCACAAGGAUCUCAAAUGAUAACGCCCAGUGCCAGUUUAUGAAACAGAGCCGGCUCUGUAUUCUGCGCCCUUGCGAGGUGGACAUCACCAAGCACAUUAAGCCUGGGAAGAAAUGCUUAGCAGUGUACAGAGGAGAGGAGCCCAUGAACUAUACGCUCUCUGGGUGCACAAGUAGGGUCAACUACAGGCCUAAGUACUGUGGCCUUUGUAUGGAUGACCGUUGCUGUACGCCCUACAAAUCAAAGACCAUUGAAGUCAACUUUCACUGUCCAGAUGGGACCAGCUUUUCCAGGAACAUCAUGUGGAUUAAUGCCUGUUUCUGCAACCUGAAUUGCAAGAACCCCAAUGACAUCUUUGCUGACUUAGCUCAUUAUCAUGAUUACUCUGAAAUUGCUAAUUGACUUGACAGGAGUUGAUGGGAGGGGGGAGAGGAGAAGCACAAGAAAAAAAAGGAAAAAAAAAAACAGGCUGCCAAGACCUACAAUGUAUUAUUACUCUGAUUUUACAGAGGGUUAAAAAUUAAUAAUUAAAGAAGAGGUUGUUGUUUUUGUUGUUAUUGCAACUGUUUCACCUGGAUAGAUAGAUAGAUAGAUAUAGAUAUAUAUAAUUUCAUCAAGGUAGCUUAAAGCUACCUUUGGCUCAAUCUGUGGGUUUUAGAAGUCAUGCUGGGAACAAAUUGUUGGAAAGCAGGCUGUUAGCUCUUUGUGCGUAUCCACAGCUGUGUGAGAGACUAAAUCAGCUUUUAAGAUCAGGUUUCUGAUCUAUCAGGCACAACGUUGUAAUAAAGCAAGCCCGUUGCUGAGCAUUAGCAAAGAAACUAAUGGGAUAUUUAAGCUUUGAACCCGUUUGGUCUUUCCUUUCUCCUACAUAUUUCAUAAAGUUCAGUAAUAGUGGAACUUAACUUCGUAAAUAAGCUCAUAAAAGCUACCAGGCUGUUGUAUGAGCUAACCAGCUGUGGGCUGAGACAUGUGAGAAAUUAUGGAGAAAAAUGGAGAUUUCCUAUCCUUGCAAAACCAUCAUUCGUUUCUGAGCAGUGCAUAAAGGAGGGAGUGUUCCUAGGAACAGGGAACACAACUCACUUCUCUGAAGAAAUGGCUCUUUUUCAACUUUGGCAAGGCUGGCUUGGGAAUUCUGGGAGAUCUCUUUCCCCAGCAUAUUCCACACCAGGCACCAGUUUCAUGAAAGCCAUGGUUUGGCACACAACCUAGAUCCCGUGCACGUGGAGAAGACGUUUUGCUCGCUCGCCCGGUGUGGCCCGGUUCCUAACAAUCCAUGGACCAGUACCAGUCUGUGGCCCAAGGGCUGGGGACCCCUGUUGUAGAAGCCUUUAAGGUCAACCACCAGUGACUUCUGGUUCCCCCCCCCCCAGAAGAGUCGUGUUUUUGAAUGGCAAAGACAAGCCAGCGAACAGGGAGAUCAUGUCUUCAACCUCUGUGUCUCACUAAUUUCUUGGAAUUGGCAAAUCACCAACUGCUGCUCAGGUUUCACGUGUCCCAAGUUGUUUAAAUGCCGGUCUAUAGCUACCUAAGCUCCUUUUUAUCCUUUCCUAACUGGUCUGAUUAGAUGCCCUUCGGUAAACUGCCACCCUCCAGAUUUACAAGGACACUGCUUGGAAACCAGCUUAGUUGUGAUCCUGACACACCUAAGAGAUUCAGGCUAGGGAAGAAAGAAAGACUGACUUUUAAUGUUUUUUUUUAAAGUCCUGCUCAUUCAGUUAUUCAUAAUAAAAAGCAUUAUUCCUCCUCCUCCUCUUCCACUCCCCCACAAACAAACAUCCUUACCACUAUUCUGGACACAGAAAAAAAAAACCCAAACACUGCAAAGUUACAAAUUUAUUUUGUUUGAAAUAAAUACAAAUAAUUCAUUAAUAAACUUUCCCCCAAAUAGGCAUGUCGAGCCUAUUACAAUCUGCUAUUCCUCAUUAUAAAGUUUCCAGAACACUUUGAAGUGGUUAUUUGAAGGAGGAAAAAAAAACAAAACAAAACCCAGGCAAUUAACCUAGGGUGGAAAUCAGUUCUCGUAAACUACCUCAGAUAGUCAGCUCCGGAGAUGCUAAAUGAUGUAAAUGCUCAAUAUCCAAAAAUUCAUUAGCUAUAUUAAGUCUUUGUGAAGUAGCAAAUAGAUCAAGCCAGUGGAAAAAUAGAUAUAAUUAUGUUUCUAUAAAAACUAGAAUUCUCAUCUAUGCCAGAAACCUGGCGAGCUGUCUUGCUCAUAGCUUCCCAUCCUGUAGCGCUGCAGACACCGGCAAAGUAGCUUUUAAACUGUAGAAUCAAUACAAUCUAAUUUUACAAUCAUCAAACUAAAUCUCUUUAUUACAGCUUUGCCUCUUCCUCCAACAUUUUUCGGACAUUUAUCCAGCUCCAAUUUCAAAGUCUUAAGAGGUUGAUCAGAUAGUUCUUUGUAAUCACUAUACACGAAUUCCACUGUCUUAAUUUACUGCUAGAGUAAAUUCAAGAAUGAGAUGCUUGUUACUUCUGAUCCAAACAAUUUUGAAGCAAAUAUUAGAGGUGAAUGAGUGGGUGGGGAUAUCCCUGCAGGAAAACGUGCAAUACCAAAGUGGUUUAAUUACAGUAAAGACAACAGCUUUAUCUAUUGCUGCUGCUUCUUAAAGAUAUCACCCGUUGAAAUGCAAAAUUUAAGACCAAAUUUUUAAAUUUCUAAAAAUCCCGAACCCUUGCUCUGAUUAAGCAGCAUGAAAGGACUGCAACUAAGUUCUCAGGUCUGGAAUCUCUGAAAGGCAGUGGGCUUUGCCUCCAAGUUGUAUCAAUUUCCCCGUUUUUAAUGUGGUUGUGUAGCAAAUAAAGAGCUUGGAUGCUAUCCAUGAAGCCAGUCACUCAACUCCCUUUGAGGAAUAGGUAUAGUCAGACCAGAGGCUGAAGAG